UGGGAGUCCUGUGAAUAAUGGAGCAACUAGAAGGGCUAUGUAAAACUUUUCAGAUGGCUCUGGUAUUUAUUUUCGGGUUUUAUCAAGUCGAUCUUGUUCUCAGUACCUGCCGAAAUUUGGAGAUCUUGAAGUGCAUUGAAAAUAAAUCCAUGACGGACGAAAACAUCCUGCGAGCCAUAGUUAUAGGUGGGGACCAGACAUGCGAAAUCCAAUGUUACAAUGAUCUUAGCUGUCUCUCCUACAACAUCGGCGAACAAGACGCAAAUGGUAAAAGAACGUGUGAACUCAGCUUUACUGAUCACGCGAUGAACGCAACCGGCUUAGUGCCCAGGCCGGGAUUCAGCUAUUGUCCUUUUAAGAAUCCUUGCGAGUUCAGUCCAUGCCCUGACGAUCGUGAAUGUUACCCAUUGAUGGAAAAGAACGUGGAGGAGUACGUCUGCUUGGAAGGCUGCAGCCCAGGAAAGCCCCUCGGCCUUCAGUCUGGAGAGAUUCCUGACUCCGCGAUGACCUCUUCGUCCUAUUAUGAUAGGUUGCAUGGCCCCGAGAGAGGACGACUCAACUUUACAAACACCGACCCCACCGUCGGCUGGUGGCCAGAGGCCUGGUGCGCAGGAAGAAAUGCAGUCGGCGAGUACCUGCAAGUGGAUAUCGGAAGAGAGGUGCUGCUAACCAUGGUUGCGACACAAGGCAGGGGAGAUUACCCCCAGUGGGUCACAUCGUACGAGUUGAGCCACAGUAGGGAUGGUCAAGCUUGGACUCCUUACUACGCUAAACAGGGGCACGCAAAAGUAUUCCUUGGCAACUAUAAACAGACCACCGUGGUCUCUCAUCAGCUACGCUACCACCCAAAAGUACGCUACGUCCGCAUCAUCGCUCGGACCUGGAAUGGGCACAUCUCCCUGCGAGCUGAGCUGUAUGGAUGUGGUCUAAUGGCUCUGGUCUUUAUUUUCGGGUUUUAUCAAGUCGAUCUUGUUCUCAGUACCUGCCGAAAUUUGGAGAUCUUGAAGUGCAUUGAAAAUAAAUCCAUGACGGACGAAAACAUCCUGCGAGCCAUAGUUAUAGGUGCGGACCAGACAUGCGAAAUCCAAUGUUACAAUGAUUUUAGCUGUCUCUCCUACAACAUCGGCGAACAAGAUGCAAAUGGUAAAAGAACGUGUGAACUCAGCUUUACUGAUCACGCGAUGAACGCAACCGGCUUAGUGCCCAGGCCGGGAUUAAGCUAUUGUCCUUUUAAGAAUCCUUGCGAGUUCAGUCCAUGCCCUGACGAUCGUGAAUGUUACCCAUUGAUGGAAAAGAACGUGGAGGAGUACGUCUGCUUGGAAGGCUGCAGCCCAGGAAAGCCCCUCGGCCUUCAGUCUGGAGAGAUUCCUGACUCCGCGAUGACCUCUUCGUCCUAUUAUGGUAGGAUGUAUGGCCCCGAGAGAGGACGGCUCAACUUUACAAACACCUGGUGGCCAGAGGCCUGGAGCGCAGGAAGAAAUGCAGUCGGCGAGUACCUGCAGGUGGAUAUCGGAAGAGAGGUGCUGCUAACCAAGGUUGCGACACAAGGCAGGGGAGAUUACCCCCAGUGGGUCACAUCGUACGAGUUGAGCCACAGUAGGGAUGGUCAAGCUUGGACUCCUUACUACGCUAAACAGGGGCACGCAAAAGUAUUCCUUGGCAACUAUAAACAGACCACCGUGGUCUCUCAUCAGCUACGCUACCACCCAAAAGUACGCUACGUCCGCAUCAUCGCUCGGACCUGGAAUGGGCACAUCUCCCUGCGAGCUGAGCUGUAUGGAUGUGGUCUAAUGGCUCUGGUCUUUAUUUUCGGGUUUUAUCAAGUCGAUCUUGUUCUCAGUACCUGCCGAAAUUUGGAGAUCUUGAAGUGCAUUGAAAAUAAAUCCAUGACGGACGAAAACAUCCUGCGAGCCAUAGUUAUAGGUGCGGACCAGACAUGCGAAAUCCAAUGUUACAAUGAUUUUAGCUGUCUCUCCUACAACAUCGGCGAACAAGACGCAAAUGGUAAAAGAACGUGUGAACUCAGCUUUACUGAUCACGCGAUGAACGCAACCGGCUUAGUGCCCAGGCCGGGAUUAAGCUAUUGUCCUUUUAAGAAUCCUUGCGAGUUCAGUCCAUGCCCUGACGAUCGUGAAUGUUACCCAUUGAUGGAAAAGAACGUGGAGGAGUACGUCUGCUUGGAAGGCUGCAGCCCAGGAAAGCCCCUCGGCCUUCAGUCUGGAGAGAUUCCUGACUCCGCGAUGACCUCUUCGUCCUAUUAUGGUAGGAUGUAUGGCCCCGAGAGAGGACGGCUCAACUUUACAAACACCUGGUGGCCAGAGGCCUGGAGCGCAGGAAGAAAUGCAGUCGGCGAGUACCUGCAGGUGGAUAUCGGAAGAGAGGUGCUGCUAACCAAGGUUGCGACACAAGGCAGGGGAGAUUACCCCCAGUGGGUCACAUCGUACGAGUUGAGCCACAGUAGGGAUGGUCAAGCUUGGACUCCUUACUACGCUAAACAGGGGCACGCAAAAGUAUUCCUUGGCAACUAUAAACAGACCACCGUGGUCUCUCAUCAGCUACGCUACCACCCAAAAGUACGCUACGUCCGCAUCAUCGCUCGGACCUGGAAUGGGCACAUCUCCCUGCGAGCUGAGCUGUAUGGAUGUGGUCUAAUGGCUCUGGUCUUUAUUUUCGGGUUUUAUCAAGUCGAUCUUGUUCUCAGUACCUGCCGAAAUUUGGAGAUCUUGAAGUGCAUUGAAAAUAAAUCCAUGACGGACGAAAACAUCCUGCGAGCCAUAGUUAUAGGUGCGGACCAGACAUGCGAAAUCCAAUGUUACAAUGAUUUUAGCUGUCUCUCCUACAACAUCGGCGAACAAGACGCAAAUGGUAAAAGAACGUGUGAACUCAGCUUUACUGAUCACGCGAUGAACGCAACCGGCUUAGUGCCCAGGCCGGGAUUAAGCUAUUGUCCUUUUAAGAAUCCUUGCGAGUUCAGUCCAUGCCCUGACGAUCGUGAAUGUUACCCAUUGAUGGAAAAGAACGUGGAGGAGUACGUCUGCUUGGAAGGCUGCAGCCCAGGAAAGCCCCUCGGCCUUCAGUCUGGAGAGAUUCCUGACUCCGCGAUGACCUCUUCGUCCUAUUAUGGUAGGAUGUAUGGCCCCGAGAGAGGACGGCUCAACUUUACAAACACCUGGUGGCCAGAGGCCUGGAGCGCAGGAAGAAAUGCAGUCGGCGAGUACCUGCAGGUGGAUAUCGGAAGAGAGGUGCUGCUAACCAAGGUUGCGACACAAGGCAGGGGAGAUUACCCCCAGUGGGUCACAUCGUACGAGUUGAGCCACAGUAGGGAUGGUCAAGCUUGGACUCCUUACUACGCUAAACAGGGGCACGCAAAAGUAUUCCUUGGCAACUAUAAACAGACCACCGUGGUCUCUCAUCAGCUACGCUACCACCCAAAAGUACGCUACGUCCGCAUCAUCGCUCGGACCUGGAAUGGGCACAUCUCCCUGCGAGCUGAGCUGUAUGGAUGUGGUCUAAUGGCUCUGGUCUUUAUUUUCGGGUUUUAUCAAGUCGAUCUUGUUCUCAGUACCUGCCGAAAUUUGGAGAUCUUGAAGUGCAUUGAAAAUAAAUCCAUGACGGACGAAAACAUCCUGCGAGCCAUAGUUAUAGGUGCGGACCAGACAUGCGAAAUCCAAUGUUACAAUGAUUUUAGCUGUCUCUCCUACAACAUCGGCGAACAAGAUGCAAAUGGUAAAAGAACGUGUGAACUCAGCUUUACUGAUCACGCGAUGAACGCAACCGGCUUAGUGCCCAGGCCGGGAUUAAGCUAUUGUCCUUUUAAGAAUCCUUGCGAGUUCAGUCCAUGCCCUGACGAUCGUGAAUGUUACCCAUUGAUGGAAAAGAACGUGGAGGAGUACGUCUGCUUGGAAGGCUGCAGCCCAGGAAAGCCCCUCGGCCUUCAGUCUGGAGAGAUUCCUGACUCCGCGAUGACCUCUUCGUCCUAUUAUGGUAGGAUGUAUGGCCCCGAGAGAGGACGGCUCAACUUUACAAACACCUGGUGGCCAGAGGCCUGGAGCGCAGGAAGAAAUGCAGUCGGCGAGUACCUGCAGGUGGAUAUCGGAAGAGAGGUGCUGCUAACCAAGGUUGCGACACAAGGCAGGGGAGAUUACCCCCAGUGGGUCACAUCGUACGAGUUGAGCCACAGUAGGGAUGGUCAAGCUUGGACUCCUUACUACGCUAAACAGGGGCACGCAAAAGUAUUCCUUGGCAACUAUAAACAGACCACCGUGGUCUCUCAUCAGCUACGCUACCACCCAAAAGUACGCUACGUCCGCAUCAUCGCUCGGACCUGGAAUGGGCACAUCUCCCUGCGAGCUGAGCUGUAUGGAUGUGGUCUAAUGGCUCUGGUCUUUAUUUUCGGGUUUUAUCAAGUCGAUCUUGUUCUCAGUACCUGCCGAAAUUUGGAGAUCUUGAAGUGCAUUGAAAAUAAAUCCAUGACGGACGAAAACAUCCUGCGAGCCAUAGUUAUAGGUGCGGACCAGACAUGCGAAAUCCAAUGUUACAAUGAUUUUAGCUGUCUCUCCUACAACAUCGGCGAACAAGACGCAAAUGGUAAAAGAACGUGUGAACUCAGCUUUACUGAUCACGCGAUGAACGCAACCGGCUUAGUGCCCAGGCCGGGAUUAAGCUAUUGUCCUUUUAAGAAUCCUUGCGAGUUCAGUCCAUGCCCUGACGAUCGUGAAUGUUACCCAUUGAUGGAAAAGAACGUGGAGGAGUACGUCUGCUUGGAAGGCUGCAGCCCAGGAAAGCCCCUCGGCCUUCAGUCUGGAGAGAUUCCUGACUCCGCGAUGACCUCUUCGUCCUAUUAUGGUAGGAUGUAUGGCCCCGAGAGAGGACGGCUCAACUUUACAAACACCUGGUGGCCAGAGGCCUGGAGCGCAGGAAGAAAUGCAGUCGGCGAGUACCUGCAGGUGGAUAUCGGAAGAGAGGUGCUGCUAACCAAGGUUGCGACACAAGGCAGGGGAGAUUACCCCCAGUGGGUCACAUCGUACGAGUUGAGCCACAGUAGGGAUGGUCAAGCUUGGACUCCUUACUACGCUAAACAGGGGCACGCAAAAGUAUUCCCCGGCAACUAUAAACAGACCAGCGUGGUCUCUCAUCAGCUACGCUACCACCCAAGAGUACGCUACGUCCGCAUCAUCGUUAAGACCUGGCAUAAUCACAUCUCCCUGCGAGCUGAGCUGUAUGGAUGUGGUCUAUAAGAUGCUGUCCUGCAUGACUGAUAUUUGUAUAGUAUAGUGUGGACCUGGCAUAGGCACAUCUCCCUGCGAGCUGAGCUGUAUGGAUGUGAUCUAUUAGAUGCUGUCCUGUCUGACUGCUAUUUGUAUAGUAUAGUGUGGACCUGGCAUGGGUACAUCUCCCUGCGAGCUGAGCUGUAUGGAUGUGGUCUAUAAGAUUCUGUCCUGUCUGUCUGAUAUUUGUAUAGUAUAGUGUGGACCUGACGUAGGCACAUCUCCCUGCGAGCUGAGCUGUAUGGAUGUGAUCUAUAAGAUGCUGUCCUGUCUGACUGAUAUUUGUAUAGUAUUGUGUGGACCUGUGCUGAGCUGGUCUAUAAGAUGCUGUCCUGUCUGUCUGAUAUUUGUAUAGUAUAGUGUGGACCUAGCAUAGGUACAUCUCCCUGUGAGCUAAGCUGUAUCGAUGUGGUAUACAACAAGAUACUGUCCUACUCCCGGUCUAGUCAAUCGUUAAAAAUCGAUACCGCAACCGAUAAAGAUCGAUAAUAGCUGAUUGAUUUUUAUCUAUUGAAUUCAAAAAUCGCUAAAAAUCGACCACACUUUUUAAUGAUUUUGAACGAUUUCUCAUAGUUAGAUAAAGUGAACUAAAAUGAUCAAGACAUUAUCAACUUGACUUGGUUUAGCUGCCAAUGCUAAGUCUUGUUCAGCCUGCAAUGCAGUCGUUUUUAUAUUCUUUCCUGCCUCCCCGCCUCGUUUUUAAUUUUUGCUCAAAAGCCAAUGCUACGAAACACCUGCACUUCGGGCUAAAAAAUGUGCUCAUGUCUCUCUCCACAUUUGUUAGUUUGCUUUUUUGGCCCUUCUCUCGUGGAUAACAACGUUUUUCUAAGCUUCCGUUAAAAUUUGAAAAAGAAAUUCGAUAUUAUCGAUUUUCGCACCCUAAUUUUCCCUAGAGAUUUUUAACCAUUUCAAGUAUGAAUCAUUUUGUUUCGAUAUCGAUUUUUAACGAUUGACUAGACCGGGCCUACUGUCUGAUUAUUGUAUAGUAUAGUUUGGACUUUGCACAAAGCACACGUCUCCCUGCGAGCUGUAUGGAUGAGAUCUAUAAGAUUCUGUCCUGUCUGACUGAUAUUUGCAUAGUAUAGUAUGGACCUGGUAUGGCCACGUCUCCCUGCAAGCUGAGCUGUAUAGAUGAGAUCGAUAAGAUGAUGUUAUAUCUAACUGGUAUAAGAAUGAUAUAAUUGUGUACCUGGCAUAGGACAUCUCCCUGCGAGCUGAACUGUAUGGGUGUGGUAUAAAAGAUGCUGUCCUGUCUGUCUGAUAUGGGUAUAGUAUAGUGCACACCUGGCAUAGGUACAUCUCCCUGCGAGCUGAAUGAACGUGCUCUGUAAAAUGUGAAAUAACGCUGCACAGCCACAUUUCAUUUACCAUCAAAUAUUGUGCAAAAGCUUUGGCCUCCAAAAGCAGCCAAAUUAAAAGAGAUUUGUUUAUGCGAUAAACAUUCGCAUACACCCUUAAGCACCCUUAGAAAUCGUGAAUCCGCUAUAGUGAUAUGCACUGUAAAUACUUCUCAGCUAAGUCCCACGUAUUCUCACCCUGGUUUCUGGUCGAGACUCCUGUGGUCGGUAAGAGUUUGACGUCACAGGAACACAUCGUCUCAGACCCCACGCUGAUGCCUGACAGUUCAUCUCCUAAGAAAACCCGGAAAGAAGGCCUUGGGCUGGGCUGAGUAUUCUGAUAUCUCUGACUGCAGACACCGGGCAUUAUAGAAAUAAAAUGGUCACAACUGUCA